CCUGCCUGUCCCCGCCCGCGUGUGUGUGAGGGCGAGCGAGUGCGCUGGGUCGGCCCGAUGGGGGUAAUCGAGGGUUUCGGGGACGCUGAGCGGCGCUUUCCUCUUCCCAGUGAGUGAGUGAGGGGAAUCGGCGGCUCUAGUGCCAGGCCACUUUCCCUGCGUGAUUCCCAGAGCUCCCUGCAGGAGGUGAAAGUCCCCGGCGGGUCCGGGUGGCGUAGUUGCGCCGUAGCGCAGCAGCUACCGGAGCUCGCUGCCGCCGAGCGUUGGGCGGAGAAACUUUCCUCCAACUUGCAACGGGUGGAUCUCCGCUUGACACACCGCCCCCGAGGCAAUUUGAAAAUUGGAAAGGAGUUUAAGACCACUUCUGAUUUGCAAAGAUUGUCUAUGAUCUGAAGAACUGGAGGCUGAGGUGACAACGGGACACACUUCUGGAGAGAUAAAAAUGACUUCUCAUUAUGUGAUUGCCAUGUUUGCCCUGAUGAGUUCCUGUUUAGCCACUGCAGGUCCAGAGCCCAGCGCCCAGUGUGAACUGUCGCCCGUCAAUGCCUCCCAUCCAGUCCAGGCCUUAAUGGAGAGCUUCACCGUCUUGUCGGGCUGUGCCAGCAGAGGCACGACAGGGCUUCCACAGGAGGUGCACGUCCUGAACCUCCGUACCGCUGACCAGGGCCCUGGCCAGCCGCCGAGACAGGUCACUCUACACCUGAAUCCCAUCUCCUCAGUCCACAUUCACCACAAGCCUGUCGUGUUCCUGCUCAACUCCCCACAGCCCCUGGUUUGGCAUCUGAAGACAGAGAGGCUUGCGAUUGGGGUUUCCAGACUUUUCUUGGUGUCUGAGGGUUCUGUGGUCCAGUUUUCAUCAGGAAACUUCUCCUUGUCAGCAGAAACAGAAGAAAGGCGCUUUCCCCAUGGAAAUGAACAUCUGUUAAAUUGGGCCCGAAAGGAGUAUGGAGCAGUCACUUCAUUCACCGAACUCAAGAUAGCACGGAACAUUUAUAUUAAAGUGGGGGAAGAUCAAGUGUUCCCUCCCACGUGCAACAUAGGGAAGAAUUUUCUCUCACUCAAUUACCUUGCUGAGUACCUUCAGCCCAAAGCAGCCGAAGGGUGUGUGAUAUCCAGCCAGCCCCUAGAUAAGGAAGUACACAUCAUCGAGUUAAUCUCCCCCAACUCUAACCCCUACAGUGCUUUCCAGGUGGAUAUAAUAAUUGACAUAAGACCUUCUCGAAAGGAUCCUGAGCUGGUCAAAAAUCUCAUCUUGAUCCUGAAGUGCAAAAAGUCUGUCAACUGGGUGAUCAAGUCUUUCGAUGUGAAGGGAAACCUGAAAGUUAUUGCUCCUAAUAGUGUUGGCUUUGGGAAAGAGAGCGAGAGGUCCAUGGUAAUGACCAAAUCAAUAAGAGAUGACAUUCCUUCAACCCAAGAGAAUCUGGUCAAGUGGGCCUUAGACAAUGGCUAUAGUCCAGUGACAUCAUACACAAUGGCUCCUGUGGCUAAUAGAUUUCAUCUUCAGCUUGAAAACAAUGAGGAGAUGAGAGAUGAGGAAGUCCACACCAUCCCUCCUGAGCUACGGAUCCUGCUGGGCCCUGGCACCCUGGACAACCCACCCUUCCGGGGUGGGGGUGGUCGGAAUGGAGGUUUCCCCUUUCCUUUCCCGGACCUCCCCAGGAGAGGCCAGAAGGAAGGGGGAGAAGAUGCGAUCCCUCAGCCAAAGGACCCUGUCAUCCCCAGCUUACGACUGAUUUCUGGUCCCAGAGAGCCUGAGGAAGUGCAAGGGAGCAUGGAUGUUGCCCUGUCAGUCAAAUGUGACAAUGACAAGAUGAUCGUGGCGGUAGAAAAAGAUUCUUUUCAGGCCAACAGCUACUUGGGGGUGGAGCUCACCCUGUUGGAUCCUACCUGCAAGGCCAAGAUGAACGGCACCCACUUCAUUUUGGAGUCUCCUCUGAAUGGCUGCGGAACUCGGCACCGGCGGUCAGCCCCUGAUGGUGUGGUUUACUAUAACUCUAUUGUGAUACAAGUUCCAUCCCCUGGGGAUAGUAGUGGCUGGCCAGAUGGUUAUGAAGAUUUGGAGUCAGGUGAUAAUGGAUUUCCGGGAGAUAUGGAUGAAGGAGAUACUUCCCUUUUCAGCCGACCUGAAAUUGUGGUGUUUAACUGCAGCCUGCCCCAGGUGGGGAAUCCCAGUAGCUUCCAGGACCCGCCCCACAGAAAUAUCACCUUCAACAUGGAACUGUACAACACUGACCUCUUUCUGGUGCCCUCCCAGGGAGUCUUCUCUGUGGCAGAGAACGGACACAUUUAUGUCGAGGUGUCUGUUACUAAGGCUGACCAAGAACUGGGAUUUGCCAUCCAAACGUGCUUUAUCUCUCCAUAUUCGAACCCUGAUAGAAUGUCUGAUUACACCAUCAUUGAGAACAUUUGUCCUAAAGAUGAAUCUGUGAAAUUCUACAAUCCCAAGAGAGUACACUUUCCUAUCCCGCAAGCUGAGAUGGAUAAGAAGAGAUUCAGCUUUGUUUUUAAGCCCAUCUUCAACACCUCACUGCUCUUUCUACAGUGUGAACUCACGUUGUGUACCAAGAAGGAAAAGGACCCCCAGAAGUUACCUAAGUGCGUGCCUCCUGAUGAAGCCUGCACCUCACUGGAUGCCUCGAUGAUAUGGGCCAUGAUGCAGAACAAGAAGACGUUCACCAAGCCCCUUGCUGUAGUACAUCACGAAGUAGAAUCUAGAGGAACAGGUCCAAGCUUUAAGGAACCGAGUCCAAUUUCUCCACCAAUUUUCCAUGGUCUGGACACACUAACUGUGAUGGGCAUUGCGUUUGCAGCAUUUGUGAUUGGAGCCCUCCUCACGGGGGCCUUGUGGUACAUCUAUUCUCACACAGGGGAGACUGCAGGGAGGCAGCAAGUCCCCACCACCCCGCCAGCCUCGGAGAACAGCAGUGCGGCCCACAGCAUCGGCAGCACACAGAGCACGCCCUGCUCCAGCAGCAGCACGGCCUAGCCCGGCCGACCACUGCCAAGGGCAGGCGGGGCCUGGCCGCAGGUGUCCAGACUCCAAGAAGGCUUCAUUGUGGUUCCCUUGUAAAGAGAGUGAAUUUCAAUAUAAACAUCACCUGUUGUAUUCACCCCACCACCACCACCACCCAGGGCUAACGUAAAGGCGACCCCUGGACUUCUGUAACACACUAGAGUUCAUGUGCGAAAGCUAAGGUGGUGGCCUUCUCCACCAGCUCCUCCCAGGCCUGGGGAUUUUCAAUGUGAAACACAUGCCAGUUUUUAAAAUGCUGCUUUGUCCAGGUAAGAACAGCCAUAAUUUGGGGCCCUGAGUUUUACGCAGACUCAAGGAGUUGGUAAAAGGAUAAUAUCCAGAGAGUAGAACCAGUGAGAUAUGGCCAAAGAUUCUUUUAUAACUGAACUAAGAUGUAAACUAAGAAAUGCUUCAUGACUUUGUAAGUGCGUUCCUCCCUGUCUAAUUUGCACCUUGGGGAUGCACCCUUCUCACCUUGCUGCCACACCCUGUGGGGGCUGAUGUGUCCGCUGGAUGGGUGCCGCCCUCAGGGACUAUAUGCUGACACACAUCAAGGCAACAUUCCUUUCUUGUGCCCUGGGCCAAAACCCAGUGCUGAUUACCUUCUCAGCUUCCUCUUUCUCCCCACACUAGCACACUGACUGCAAAAAUGUCUUAAUGCAAAUUUUGUAUUUAUAGACAUA